AUGGCCGAAUCCUUGGAGGAUCACCUGCUGCCUGGUGCUUCUCCUUCGCUGGAAGUUUUCGGGGGUGAAGGGGACUUCUUGCAGGAAUCCAUUUUGGAUGAAGAGCAGGAGCGCGCUUGGUACAGCCAGGCCGAAGAUACAGAGGCUAGCUCCGAGUGGAGGAGGGCAGAGGUUGCUGAUGGCAUCUCGUAUAAGAGGCGGUGUCUUCAGAUAAUCCUGUUUGAUCCUUCCACUUCGGAGCUUGGGAAGACGGUGGCAGCAGAGGCGCAAGUCUUGGGUGAUGUUUUCGACUUGGAUGCUGGUGAGGGGCAAGAUGGAGUGCGAUUCGAGAUGUUCAGAGAGUGCGGCGAGUAUGGGUGGAGGUUGAUGAUUCGUCUGGGGUCCACCUUAUCCAUGCCGUUCUCCAUGGGCUCAGGCAUGGAUGGAGGCCAGGGAAACAGAGGGGCUUCAGACUGGCCCCCGCCGACAUGGUGUGAGAGGCUGGGAUGCUGGGGAUCCGAGGAGAUGGGUUCCAGUGAGGGAACUGCUUACCUUCGCGAGGCCCUGAUCUUGUCUGGAGCAGAGGAAUCAGAGGUGCGAGAUUAUGGGACGCACUCGCUGAAGGCUACUCUGUUGACCUGGACCUCUCAGAAUAUUUUGUUUCCGUUUAAUGAUGUGGAGCAGCGGGCGCUGGGUCAUCAUUUGGAUGCAAAUGCGAAGUCACAGGUUACUUAUGCAACUACUUCAUCAAGCUUUAUGGAAAAGUUUUGUCGGUUGUCAGGCGCAGCUUUGUCUGCCGAGCAGGCGCGCCGGUCGGAGAGCGAGUCCAGCUCCAGUGUUUCUGCAGCCUCAACCAGUGGAUUUCAAGCAGCGGUUGGAGCCACCGAUCCGAUAGCUAAGAAGAAUCCAGCUGCCGAGCGCAUCUCACGUGCCCAGCGCCAGCAGCAGCGGAUAACAGGUCUGGUGUAUACGCCGGACACGACACCAGCCCAUUUCUUGACUGACCUGUUUGUGGAGCAGCUGGACCAAGGGGUUAUUUCUUGGAUUAGCCCUGACAGAUGUACCAGCCGUAGCAUGGAGAUGGCUAGUCAGAAGCGCGACAAGUCUUUGCAGCUGGCACAGGAUGGAUCGGUUAAGCUUUCUUCAAAGGUGUCUGAGGUUAAGUGUGAUGUCAGCUCGGAUGCCAAGCUUCGUUCUGCUUUUCAAAGGCGCAGCCUUGCAUUGGACCUAGCAGGAUUGUGCAACUUCGUGGUUGUCGAGACAUGGAUCACUCACUUGUUUGCUGUGAUGGCCCGAGAGGUGCCCGAGGGAUACCAGCCGGUCUCCUUGAGGCAGGUGAUAAGUGCCGAUCGCCACUUGUUUCAGUUGAUGUCAGAAGAUCUUCCGGCUGACUUGUCCAGCCAGCCGGGUCAUAAAUCACCAGUGGAUGAGCGUAUUGAGAAAUACAUGUAUUCUGCAGAAGUUGCUCAGUUCCUCACGCCCUUGCAAAGGCAUGAUGUUUCGCCUGGUCUGAUAGAUAAGCGCAAGCAGGAUGAUUCCGUGCCGCCGCCUCCCCCUCCCUUUAAGAAAGCCAAGAAGGGCGAAGGUGACAGUAAGACUUUCAUCUCAGGGGCGUUUGUUCAUGGUGGCAUCACUUCCAUCAUGAACAACGUUUCUAGUUUUCCUUGGUGCACGCGUUUGUUCACCGGUUUUGUUCGAAAGCAUGCCACCAGCGGGGUGAAGUUUUCUACAGUGGCCAUCUUUCAAAAUGUGCAGACGACCCCACAUGUUGAUGCGCGCAACUGUCCAGCCAGCAUCAAUCACGUUUUCCAGAUUAGUGAGUUUCGGGGCGGUCGGGUUAUUUUACAGGACCCGAACGGCGAACUUCAGCUUGAACAUCAAGGCAAGAUUCUUCGGGGCUCCCCCCUCGAAUUCCGUGAUCAGCAGGCUCGCUUCUGUGCCAAGGAUCGUCUGCAUUGGACAGAGUCUUGGUCUGGGGGUCCUCGUAUUGUGCUCAUUGCCUACACAGUGCGAUCCCUUGCCAAGCUAACCCCAGAGCAAACUUUGAGUGACGUGGGCUUCAGUUUGCCCCGUGCUGCCUCGGCCCCCAAAUCGGUGCCUUCCCCUGCGUCCCCUUCAGGCGAGUUGGUGCUUGGGCAGCAACCAGUGGCUCUCGAGCUGUUUGCUGGCACUGGCAGCUUAUCCAAGGCUCUUCGUGCUGCAGGCUUUCAGACCUUCGCUCUUGAUCAUCAUGUUGCUCAUGCCAAGGUCCCUAUCCUUAAAGUCGACUUGGUGACGUUUGAGGGGCAGGGUCUCGUGUGGAAGCAAUUGAUGUGGCUGUUUCAGGCGGCAAGCAG